AUGAAGAAAGAGGAAGAGGAGGAUGACGACGAUGAUGUCAGCCUGUUGGCAGCACACCCUGAAGAAGAGGAGGAGGUUGGCGAUGAAAGCCUUUUAGCUGCAGAGUUGUUGCCAAAGGAGGAGGACGUGGAUCACCUGGAGGGAAUCACAGCGGAGAUGUUCGGAGACGAUGAUGACUUCGACCGAUGUGACGGUGACCUUCGCGACCCGGAGGGCGAAGCGGAGGCCCUGCCUGACUCCCACUACGGGCUCCUGGGGAGCAGGAAGGUCUUGCUGGAGCCCCAGGGCUGCGUGGAUGACCUUCCAGAGGAGGUGCUGAGGCAAGUUCUGUGCCUGGUCCCGGCCAAGGACCUCUACCGCAACGUCAGCCACGUGUGCCACCGCUGGAGGAACAUCGUCCAGGACGCAAAGUUCGUUCCCUUCAAGAAAAAAUACUUCUGCUACAUGAUGAGGGAGACGGAGACGGUGCGGGAGGUCUGCUCCGCCCUGAGGGACAGCGGCAUCACCGAUCCAGCGGCAUCGCAGCUCAGCAUACGGUCCCUCGUGAUGUGAGUCUGCGUUUACUGCAGGACACGUGCGUCAUUCUGCGUAGACCGAAUGACCCGUUCUAGAAUUCAACUGAACUUAACGCUUGUCUAAUUACUU